AUGUCUACAGAGCUUCGUCGUAAAUUAGUCAUCGUUGGUGACGGUGCUUGUGGUAAAACUUGUUUGCUUAUCGUUUUCUCCAAGGGUACAUUUCCUGAGGUGUAUGUGCCUACCGUCUUUGAAAAUUAUGUCGCAGACGUGAAUGUCGAUGGUCGUCACAUCGAGUUAGCCCUUUGGGAUACCGCCGGCCAAGAAGACUAUGACCGUCUCCGUCCCCUUUCGUAUCCAGAUUCUCAUGUCGUAUUGAUCUGCUUUUCCGUUGACGCUCCUGAAAGUUUAGAUAAUGUACAAGAAAAAUGGAUUUCUGAAGUUAUGCAUUUCUGCUCCAGUCUUCCUAUUAUACUUGUCGGGUGCAAAAAUGAUUUGCGCAAUGAUCCCAAAGUAGUAGAGGAACUCUCGAAAACCUCUCAAAAGCCAAUUCCUUAUGAGGAUGGCGAAACCGUUGCUAAAAAGAUUGGCGCCUACAAAUACCUUGAGUGUUCUGCUAAGCUUAAUGAUGGUGUGCAAGAAGUGUUUGAAACAGCUGCCCGCGCGUCCAUGUUGAAAUUCAAAGCCAAUAAUGGAAACAAGACUAAGAAGAAGAAGCGUUGCCUUAUUCUUUAA